AUAUUAAGCACUAUGAAGCAUUUAAAUAACCAAUGCUUAAAUAGUGAUUAAAGUUAUGAGUUAUAAAUUCUACAAUUUGUUGGGUAACAAAAAUAGAUAAAUUUACCGAAAACACAAAGGUAUUUGUCAUGCGCUGGGGUUGUUUGAGAUGUGUUAGACCAAUUUUGGCUUUAUCCACUCGGAUGUCAAAUGCUUUUCCAAUUGAUGGAGACCAUGUCUUCUUUUGCAUUUUAAAACAAUAGCUUUACAAUCAAUCGCAUAUAUGAUUUGCGUUAGUUUAAUAGAGAAUGUUUGUCGGCCUGCUCGUAAACAGGCUAUUCAAUUAGCGCGCGCACGGUGGUGAAGUUUGUACUUUCAGGCCGCACCCCCCAUUGCUUGCUUACUUUCGGAUUGCGAUGACCAAGCCUUUCUGUGGCCUAGGCCUAUAUAUAUAUUAGCUCACUGAUAGUCUCGAAUUAUAGAUCUGUGUAUUAGUAUUUUAAACUGAAUCUGUGACACGUUCACAAUAAAGUUCUGAACUUUGUAACCAUACUAUGCAAAUUUUCAUUCACAUAUGUGGUUUUAAUUCGGCCUAUUAUUCGUAUACUAUAUUUACUGACAACAGGAAAGAACCUGCAUGCAACUUAAAUAUUGCUGCGGUUUGCAUAAUGGACAAUACAAUGUUUCAAGAUAAGUUUUUAUGACAAACGGUGAAAUAAAACGAAUGAAUGAAUGUGCACAUAUAAGAUGUGAUUACAUAAUGUGUAAUAUAAUAAUCAACCAGAAUAUAAACGUCGUUUAUAUAUGAUCUAAUUUGUACUGCAACGUGGUAAUCGUCGUAUACAGCUAUAAAUCUUAGUCGGGCAUUUCAUGGGAAAUUACUGCCACUAAUAACACAGCUAUGCAUGGCGCGUUACUUUCCGUAAUUCCUGUUUUAACAUGCAGUCCUUUCCACAAUUACUACGCCACUGACUAUUUUUUAUGCGAAGGGGCCGGGCCGAGCCGGGUGCAGCUCGAUGGAAAUACAAGGGGUCAGCGGGCUUUUUUACACGGCGUAGUUCAGGGAGGACAGCUUGUAAAAUGUGGUGGUCUCAGUCCAAAGCACCAGAUUCCGGAUCAGCCCGUCGCUGAACCUGACGACCACAGAGCACAGCUGGCCAUUCAACCUGAGAAAAAAGAGACUAAAGGCGGAGCAGACGACUUGACUUGGCAGACAGCCUGCAACGAGUAGUUUUUUUUUUGUUUCAUCCCGUGCUCAUAAUUUCACAUGCUGAUCAGAAAACCUGGUCUUCUGCGAAAGCACGAAAUAAAUAUCCGAAGACUGUAAUGCAGGGCACCUUUUCCUGUUGCGAUUUUAGAGACAAUAUCAGCUUUUGCAAAUAAGUCGAACGGGAUAUAAACCGAAGUUGCAAAAAAAGUUAAAGGUCAAAAAUUAAAACUGAUCAUACCUUAAGAACGCCUGAAAGUUAAUGCAGUCCUCUAAAAUGAAGGAAACCAAAGCGCACAAUUAGCUGGGUAACUGGCGUAGCCGAGCAUGAAUAUGCGGCGGAUUAUGCAGGACAGGCGGCAGAUGCGUCAGCUGCGGUCCGUGUGGACCUGCGCGGCUGUGCUCGCUUUAAUGCUGGCGGUUGGCAGCGUCGCGUUUACGGCGUGGGCAUGGGGACAGACCAGGAGCCUGUCUCUGUCUUUCAAAAGUCUGCAAUAUCAUCUCGAACAAGUAAACGCCCAGCGAGAGGCCAUUGUGAACCUUCUGCUGGAAAAGCAACUUAAGAUGGACUACCAGAGGGUCAAGAGAGACGCGCUCAACAAGUUGGGACGGACAGAUUCCGGAAGUGGAAGGAGAAAGAAGAAAAAUCAGGAUUUGGCUUCUCAUUUUGAAAUUAAAGACCAAGCCAUUGUAGAAGUGGGAACAGAAGGAGUCAUCAAGGGCUGGACUGAGGAACGGCUGAACUCCACCAAGGCUGUGAGUUAUGACCCCCAGGAAGGCACCUUCAGAGUGGAGAGGAGGGGGGUCUAUUUCUUGUACUGCCAGGUGCACUUCAACGAGAACCAGAGCCCCUACGUGAAGCUGGAGGUGUCGGUGGGCAAAGUGAAGGUGCUCCAGUGUAAGGAAGGCUACGGAACCACGCCCUCCUCAGGCUCCCAUGCAUUCCACUACAUGAAGCCGUGCCAAGUGUCGGGCUUACUGCAUCUGGAGAAGGGGGAUGAGCUCAAGGUCACCACUGGCGCUAAAUUCACCCUUUUGAACACUGUCAAUCACUACUUUGGGCUCUUCAAGGUCACCUGAGGCUGCCGCCGUUGAGUUCACUUACCUUACUCUCUACCCCAAAAGCAUCUUCAGCAUCCUUCCUCAUGCAUGAGCCUGUGCGUGUGUCUGUGUUGACAUUCCCUCCAACCCUGGACCUUCUCGUUUGCCUCUUAAAAGGGGACGGUAUCGGACUUAAACUUCUGUGGUGCUUUCAUGUUCUGUUCUGACACGGAACCCUGUGCCUUCAUGUUCCGUUUCACCCAGAACGCCUCAGCCCUCGUUAAUGCAACCGCUUCCCAUCCCGAGGGUGGCUUUCGGCCCUGUGUGCUGCCCAGGCUGAAGAAGCGGAGGACUUGCUUCAUCAAAACUUUCAAACCGGUGCUCUGCACCCUGAGCACAGUUGGUCUGAGGACGGUAUUCGAAGAAAAACUUUAGCUGCGCUGAACCGAGCCGUUGGCCGAUUUGCAGGGCUGGGUCGCUUCGGUCCACUGCUAUUCAUUUUCGUAACGGGUCAGCACUUCUAGAAAUGCCACUUUCAUCUGGACGAACUACAGUCCAUUGGACUAAAAUUCAUAUUGACAUUUUUAAACCUGUGUACCCAUAUCCCCCCUUUAUUAAUUCAGACCAAUUGGUAUUAACUGCAGAUGCCUUUAUUAUCCUCUGUGUAACAUACUACUCUAUUAACUGUUUGGGGCUGUAAUACAUGAUAUGAUGUAAAUGGGAGACUGUGCCACCAAGCACUGCUUUGAAAAUAAAUUAAUUUGCGUGAGCAGGCUUUCUGGGACCAUCCUCCGCUUCCUGCUACUCCUGCUGUAUAGUGUUAUUUUUUAUAAGAUGAACUAAAAAAAGAAACAAAACAUCAAAUUAAGCAACUAUUAUUCUUUAUUGUCAUGUCGGCAUAUACAUUACUGUGUACUUUAAUGUAUAUGGUUGAGAUGACAAUAAAGCUCUACUACUACAACUACAGGUAGCUCUCAGUUUUAAAAAGUAAAUCCGGACGUACCCAGAAAAUAUUGGAGAUAUCUAGUUUUUCGGAAGCACUAAUAUAAGAAGACGGCAUUUAUCUAUAAGCAAAUUUACACUGUAACUUUUCAUUUAUUUAAUAGGUGUUCUCUAGUACAUAUCGGCAGUAUAUUUUUGGUUUGCACGUUUUUUGCUAUAAGCGGUCUUCAGUGGUAUGGGAAGGUAAAUCUGACUUGUGUAAAAUUUGACUUGCAUAAGGGUUUGUGGAAUGGAUCACUUACGUUAGUCGAGAAUUGCCUGUGUAUCAGUGUUUCCCCAUCCGGUCCUUGGGGACCCAUAGCCGGUCUUCGUUUUUUUCCCUCCAAGCUCCCUACUGCAAAAACAUGGACUGUCUGUGCGUCCUUGAGGACCGGUUUGGGAAACACUGCUGUAUUUGAAAACAUUCUGGUAAAGCAUGAAUUGUAGCAUUUAUUCAUUAUUCGAAUAACUAAAAUCACUGUACUAAUGCUAUAACUUUAUGUAUUUCCAAAAAAUAAAAAUAAAAAAAACGGCUUGCUUGUA